GGAACUGUAGAAUUCUGAUGAACGUCUGUUCGAACCUGACCACAGGAAACAGCCCGCAAACCUCUCGCCUCCCGAGGCCACACCUCCUAUCCUCCAAACCCUACCCCUGCCAUGGAAAUCGUCCGCCGAGCCGCCGCUACGGCUCGCCUGGGCGACGACGAUUACCGCCUCCCGGAUCCUUCUCCCCCGCACGGGCAAAUGUCAGUCGAUGCGCUCCGGAGGGAGCUUGUGAAGGAGAGCAUUAUCCAGGAGAUCAUCGCCACUGAGCUGGCGGAGCAGCGGGGGUUAGAGUCCGAGGUCCCGCGCGAGCUCGGGUUGGAGCACGCCGGUCCCGUGUCCCUGUGGACCCCUGCGGGGCUCCAGCUGACCACGUUGCCUCACCAUGAUACAUCCCCUGUGCGGCAAAGGGGUCUGCUCCACCUCGGCAUGCCAACGUUGCCAGAAUCUUGUUUAGAAGAAGGCUUGUUGACGCCCGGAGGUAUGCCGGUGCCCAGACGCUCUGUUAAAGAUCGAAUUGAUGAAUGGUAUCGGCCUCCAUGGCAUCGGAUCUCAGCGAACGAGGAUGCAUUGACUGAAAUUGAAUGGGCUAGGCUGCCUAAAAAGACAUUUUCUGGGGUGAAGAGGAAAAGGACUGAUGAAACUUCAGAAGCAAACAACAAAAGAUUGCCUGAGAAAUGGAUUUGUGAUCUCUGUCACGUGAAUACAUCAGGUGAAAUAUCUUUUGUGGAGCAUUGUGCUGGCUACCGGCACCAGUCAAAUGUAGCAGACAUGGAAUGGGCUAUGGAAACUGCUGAGCCGACAAUGAUAGCAACAGCAGAGUUGUACCGCAGCAUGCAUCACAAUCCAACUGCAUGGAAUUGCAGCAUUUGCCAAGUUAAGUGUUCAGGCGAGUUGGACCUAAACAAUCACUUGAAUGGCAGGAGGCACCAAGAGAACUUAGGAGCUCUAUGGAGAGAGAGCAAGGAAGAUGAAGGGGAGAGUGGAUCCCAGGAGGCUAACCUUUAUGAAAAGAAAGAGCCACAGCUUGUUGACAUGAACCAAAGGCACUCAGGAUGGACUUGUAGCAUCUGCCAGGCUAACUGUACAUCUGAGUCUGACUUGGAGAACCACCUCCGAGGUAGAAGGCACCAGCAGAAUGUAAAUGCCCAAUUGGUAGAAGCCAACAGCACAACAGUUGCUGCCCAUCUUGGUGGAAAGAAAUAGCAGGUAACGCGUAGUGCAUAAAACUAAGAUGCAGUUGCAGACAUAGUUGCUAAAGAUGAUAUUACAAUUUGAGAGACGUGUGUAAGGAACUGAAAGUGCAUUUCAUUUCUUCCAGCCUUGCUCAUCUCCUGGCAUUUUGCGAUUGCAGGAAUUUGACUUUUUUGUGGCUGAGUACAAUACUACAAUGUAUGGUCUGUGUACUUUGUAUACUUGGCCUUGCAUAUUAACACUUAGUGGUUCACAUGGAAAGCAGCUUAUAUGGCCAAUUGGCCAUUGGCGAUCGGUCGUCACUUAGCAAAGUAGGCACUGCCUCUUGGGGAAAUCCAAUGCCUGUGUUUCUUCA